AUGGGAGAUUUGGAGACUAGCUUAACCCAUAAACGAAAAACAUAUAGAAUAGAGCAAAUGGUAGCAAAAUGGUUUCAUCGGCCUCGGGACAGCCUGCCCAGGGCCAGCACGGCAGCGAUGGACAGCGCUGGGGACAGCGCAGGGCAGUCCCCCAGCCGGACCAGGGUGACAGUGACCGUGUACAAGGACCUGCUCCUGCAGCACUACGGCUUCGAGAUCUGCCCCGGGCUGCCGCUGACCAUCGCCUCUGUCACUGCAGGGAGCACGGCGGACGGCAAGCUGCAGCCCGGGGACCAGCUCGUCAUGAUCAACUCCAGCACGGUGGAAGGGCUGUCGGUGGAGCGGGCCGCCAGCCUCCUCAGGGAUGCUGGAGAUGAGCUGCUGCUGACCGUCCUGCGCUGCACGGCCGGCGCCCCCAAGUCGUCGUUCCUCACCGAGGAGAAGAGGGCGAGGCUGAAAACCAACCCGGUCAAAGUGCGGUUCGCGGAGGAGGUGCUGCUGAACGGACACUCGCAGGGCAGCUCCCUCCUGUUCAUGCCCAACGUGCUCAAGGUGUACCUGGAGAACGGACAGACCAAGGCGUUCCGCUUUGAGAGGAGCACCACGGUGAAGGACAUCGUGCUGACCCUGCAGGAGAAGCUCUCCAUCCGCAGCAUCGCCCACUUCGCCCUGGUGCUGGAGGAGCAAUACAACCUGGCCAAGAUCCACCUGCUGCACGAGGAGGAGCUCAUUGCGCAGGUGGUCCAGAAAAGAGACUCUCAUGACUACCGCUGCCUCUUCAGGGUGUGCUUUAUCCCCAGGGACCCCUCGGACCUCCUGCAGGAAGACCCGGUGGCCUUUGAGUAUCUGUACCAGCAGAGCUGCAGCGACGUGCUCCAGGAGAGGUUUGCCGUGGAGAUGAAGUGCAGCGUGGCCCUGCGCCUGGCUGCCCUGCACAUCCAGGAGACGAUCUCUACCUGUGCCCAGCCCCAGAAGGUGUCCCUGAAGUACAUUGAGAGGGACUGGGGAAUCGAGAACUUCAUCUCGCCCACCUUGCUGCGGAACAUGCGAGGGAAGGACAUCAAGAAAGCCAUCAACUACCACCUGAAGAGGAACCAGGUGCUGCUGGACCCUCGGCAGAAGCACACGCUCAACGCCGCCCAGGUGCGCCUCAACUACCUGCAGAUCCUGGGGGAGCUGAAGAUGUACAGCGGGAUGAUCUUCAAUGCCACCAUGAUGAUGCAGGACAGGGAGUCGUACGUGGCACUGCUGGUGGGCGCCAGGCACGGCGUGAGCCAGAUCGUGAACAGCAAGCUGAACAUCGCCAGCAGCCUGGCCGAGUUCCCCAGCAUCAGCAGGGUGGAGCUCAGCGAGGACUCGGAGCGAGUCAGCACCGUCAAGAUCUACCUGCAGGACCUGAAGGUGCUUACUCUGCUGCUGGAGUCAAACAGUGCAAAGGACCUCGUCUGCCUCAUCGCUGGCUACUACAGACUCCUUGUGGAUGCAAAGGCCUCCAUAUUCACCUGGGGAGAGAAGCAACAGCACCGCGUCUCAGCGGAGGAAGGCUAUGAAUCCCGAGCCUGCAGCGACUCCGAGGAUUCCUGCUCGGAGCGGCGCCCGGGGAGCCCCGCGGCGAGCGGCGACGCGGCGGCAGCGGCGGAGCCCCGCGGCCCUGGGGCGAGCGGCGACCCGCGGGACCCCGGCGGCGACACCGUCAUCGACAGCCCCUCCGAGGCCUCCGACUCGGCCAACACCGAGAGCCGCAGCUUCAGGACGAGCGGCUCCAGCGACUCCGUGGAUGCGCUGGAGGAAGAUGCGGCGGACGCGUGCUCUUCCUCCCGGCCGGGGCUGCUGCCGUUCUGCACGCCGACCGUGCGGGAGAUGAGCGGCUCCGACAGCGGCUCCGUGCCGGUGUGCGCCGCGGGCAGCUCCACCGGCACCGGGGACUGUUCCUGCUUCCUGCAGGUGCGGCCCGGGGGCAGCCCCGCGGGGCAGGGCGAGGGCCCGGCCGUUCUGCAGUCGCGGCUGCCCGAGGGGAGCAGCGGGGGCUGCCACAGCCCCGGGCCGUGCUCCGGGGCCUCCCCCGCGGGCAGCCCGGGACACGGCGCGCCCGCCCCGCCGGGGCCAGCGGGACGCAGCGAGGCCGUGCUGCGGCCGCCGCCGGGAUUCGCCGACUCCAGCUCCGAGGAGGAGUUCUACGAUGCUGCGGACAGGCUCAGCCCUCCGGCAGGCUAUGAUGCAGCAUCCUGGGAGGGCACAGAGAGCUCCUCCUGCAUCCCAAAGAGGCUGAGGUGCUACAGCUUGGGGGAGAACCCCUCGACCAGGGAGAAGCAGGGCCAGGAGACGGAGCUGACCUGCAGCAAGAGCCUGAGGAAGAGAAGGUCCUUCCUGAAAACUGAUUACACCUCACAGGUCAGCUUCCCUGCAGCUGCCCCAGGCUCCCCACAGCGCUGCUGCUCCUGGCCACCCACUCAGCCCUCGGCAGAGGACAUGGGGAAGGACGUGGAGAGGGGGAUUCCUGCAGCCCCCUGGGCCCAGAGGGACACUGCUGGCACGGAGCCCUGCUCUGCUCCGAUGGACACAAAGCCUGGCACCCCGGGGACAAAGUCGAUGAUGGAAUGGCCGGUUUCCUCCCUUCUGGAUGUUCACCCUGCCGGCAGCCGGGGUGGGGAGGAGGGCAGCAGCCUGCAGCCACAGCAGCCCCCUUUGCUGUCCCUGGAGCCCCCUCCCCAUGGUCCCGGGGGAGCUGCCCAGGAGCCCUGCCCAGGGGAGGCAGGUCCCGGCUGUGUGAGCCAGGAGCGUCCUGUGCCCACCACGGGCUGGCAGGGCCCGGGGCUGCAGGAGGAGCGGGCUGAGGUGCUGCCUGCCCAGCAUAAGGCCAGCGUUGUGCCCUCUGCUGCUGUGUGCCCCUCUGACGAGAUCCUGCUGCUGCCAGCAGCUCCUGUGCCCAGCACGGCCCCUCCCCGGGAGCCAGCCCAGGAGCAGGGGCUGCUCCCUGCCAGGGUGGAGCCUCCCCUGGCUCCCUGUCAGGAGAGCAAAGCCGAUGGCCAGAGCUGUGCCACUGGCGAGGGCAGUGCUCAUGGUCAGUGCUGUGCUGAUGGUCAGGGCUGUGCCCGUGGGCAGGUCCGUGCUGAUGGUCAGUGCCAUGCCCCUGGUCAGUGCCAUGCUGACAGCCAGGGCCGUGCCAAAGGUCAGUGCCAUGCUGAUGGUCACUGCAGUGGGGCCGUGUCCCGGGCCAGGGGCUGGCAGAGGGUGAGCAGGCAGACCCUGCUGAGGGUGCACGGGGGGCACAUGGGGCUCCCCGACACAGCCCAGCUCCUGGCAGGCUGCAGCAGCGCCCCGGGGGCUCUCACCCACCUCUCCUGGCUGGCACUGGGGGUGAGGACAGCCCCCGUGUCACACAGCCCCGUGUCACACAGCCUGCAGGACAGGGCCAGUGUCCCCCCUGAGCCCCUGGGCUGUGUGAUGCCCAGCGGGUGCAGCGGGGCCGGUGCUGGUGGCAGGAAGGUGCCCGCAUCCCCUGCAGCAGGAGCGGGCUGUGCCAGGGAGCUGGUGAGCAGCUCGGGGCCAGGUGCAGGGCAGCCAGGAGGUGCAGGGACUGUGGCUCAGCAGCAGCCACAGCCUGCUCAGGCUCCCCUUCCCCGGGGGCAGGCGGCAGGGCUGGGCCAGGACUCCUGCCUGCCUGCAGCUGCAGGGCUCUGCAUCUCCUCGGUCCCAGCUGCCCCGGGGAAAGGAGCAGGAGACCACGGGGCUGUAAAACACUCGUUCCCCUGUUUUAACCCCGAGGAGGGUGAGCAGACCUCUCUGCCCCCCAUCUCUGCCCGGCCCUCCCCAGCUCCACGGGGGCUGGAGAGCUGCGGCUGCCACCUGCCCUACAUCAGCUGCUUCCCCCAGCCCCACAACCGGGGGGAGUGUGAAACCAGCCCCCUCCAGCUGCCAGGGCCCCUCACCUGCCCACCCUCCAGCAGCUGCAGCCUUGCCAGGACCCCUGGGAGCGGUUUGUCCAUUGCUGGGGACAGGGCAGGGCAGGACACACACAUGCGAGCGCUCGGGCAGCUGCAGGAGCAGGCGUGGACCAGCCCUGCGGAUCUCUCAUGCUUCCUGGCCUACACCGUGGAGCUGCAGGAGGUUGUGGGGAAGCUCUGUGGCAGCCAGGCCACCCACCUGCACCACCAGUGUGCGGAGCAGGGCGUGGAGAGCAAGGGAGCCCUGGGCUGCGCUUCCCAGGAGCUGCUGUCCAGCUGCCAGGCGCUGCUGAGCCCGGAGCAGCCCCUGCCCGAGGUGCAGUGUGCCCUGAGAGCCACCUUUGACCGCCUGGUGCAGCUGGCAGUGACCUGCUUCCAGGUGACACGCUGCCAGCAGUGCGGGCAGCGCCAGCAGGAGCUGGGAGCUGCCCUGGGGCACGUGGUGGGCACCUACCAGCAGCUGGUGCAGGCCCUGCAGCAGCAGCUGCACGGGCAGGUGUGCCCCGAGAUGGGCGCCAGGCUGCUGGCCCGCCAGCACUCGGCCCUGGCCGCUGCCAUCCUCUGCCUCCUGCAGCAGUUCAGGGCGUCCCCGAGGCUGUGA